CUCUUGUUUUUCAUUCACAGAUAACUUUCUUGCUCGUAACAGUUCCAGCUUUACUUAGUUACUUGCUCGUAUACUUACAGGAUGUCUCAGGGAAGAGGCAGUGCAUGUAGAAUCCUGCUCAUUGGAGCACUGAUAUGUGUAGUUCUCCAUGCUGAGCUUGUCCAAGCUGCAACUUUUACGGUCGGAGAUGCCCGUGGAUGGACCUUUAACGUGAACAAUUGGCCAAAAGGAAAGCGAUUUCAAGCCGGUGAUGUGCUCGUGUUCAAGUAUGACUCGACGAUCCACAAUGUGGUGGUUGUUGACAGAGAUGGUUACAACAACUGCAGGACUCCCAGAGGAGCAAAAGUGUAUAGAUCAGGGAAGGAUCAGAUAAGGUUAGGGAAGGGACAGAACUUCUUCUUGUGUAAUAUUGCUGGGCAUUGUGAAUCUGGAAUGAAGAUUGCUAUCAAUGCAGUGUAGAAUCUCCAAAGUGUUAUCACCA